CUCACUCACAGGGGUGGCAUCUGGCACAUCUAUCAUCCGAAACGAGAGGAGAGGCAACGAAAUAAACAAAAAAUUAUAAUAUAAAUAUUUAUUAAAGUGCGACCCAACUGAAUGGCAGAGCGUGUGUUCCUCACUGCUUCGUCACGGCCUUUACCAUCUCAACAGCACACUUCAACCGCAAUGGCUCUUUUCAGCGGCGCCGCCUCCGCUCGCAUCAUUCCCUCCGUCUCACUCUCCUCCUCUACUCGCUCAUUUUUCUCCCUCUCAUCCUCUUCUUCUUCGCUUCAGUGCUUGCGCUCUUCUCCUCGCAUUUCGCACCUGUUUCUCAAUCAGAGGAGAGCGGAGGUUCGCUUUUCGAGUGGAGGAUACGGAACGGUGUCGGCGCCGAAGUCCUUCGCGUCUGAUCCUGAUCAGUUGAAGAGCGCUAGAGAAGAUAUCAAGGAGCUUCUCAGGUCAAAGUUCUGUCAUCCUAUUCUGAUUCGUUUGGGGUGGCAUGAUGCUGGUACUUAUAAUAAGAAUAUUGAGGAAUGGCCACAAAGAGGUGGAGCUAAUGGUAGCUUAAGAUUUGAAAUUGAGCUGAAACAUGGAGCCAAUGCUGGACUCGUAAAUGCAUUGAAGCUUCUUCAGCCGAUCAAAGACAAAUACUCUGGUGUGACAUAUGCAGACUUAUUUCAGUUGGCUGGCGCCACAGCUGUGGAGGAAGCUGGAGGCCCAAAACUCCCUAUGAAAUAUGGAAGAGUGGAUGUUUCUGGACCUGAACAAUGUCCCGAAGAAGGGAGACUUCCUGAUGCUGGUCCCCCUUCACCUGCUGAUCAUUUGCGUCAAGUUUUCUACCGAAUGGGUUUGAAUGACAAGGAAAUUGUUGUAUUAUCUGGUGCACACACACUGGGGAGGUCUAGACCAGAUCGUAGUGGUUGGGGAAAGCCUGAGACUAAAUAUACAAAAGAUGGGCCAGGAGCACCUGGAGGACAAUCCUGGACAGUGCAAUGGUUGAAAUUUGACAACUCUUACUUCAAGGACAUCAAGGAAAAAAAGGAUGAAGAUCUAUUGGUAUUGCCAACUGAUGCUGCUCUUUUUGAAGACCCAUCCUUCAAGGUAUAUGCUGAGAAGUAUGCUGAAGAUCAGGAAGCAUUCUUUAAAGAUUAUGCUGAAGCCCAUGCUAAACUUAGCAACCUUGGAGCCAAAUUUGAUCCUCCAGAGGGAAUUGUGAUAGAUGAAUCCCCAAAUGCAGGGGCAGAGAAGUUCGUAGCAGCCAAAUACUCCACUGGAAAGAGAGAGCUGUCUGAAGCAAUGAAGCAGAAGAUACGGGCUGAAUAUGAGGCCGUUGGUGGAAGCCCAGAUAAGCCUCUACAGUCAAACUAUUUUCUAAAUAUCAUGAUUAUUAUUGCAGUUUUGGCACUUUUGACAUCACUUCUUGGAAAUUAGUUGGAUUUUGUUGUACCGAUUUUUGCUAUAAUGGCAUUGCUAUUUGCUCACUUUUUCUAAUUUUUAAACUAUGGUACCAAUUAUUUUCUUCAUUGACCAAAAGUACACACUUGAAAACAAUGUAUGAUUGCGGUAACAAAUCAUGUAAUCAUGACAUUGGUUUGGGA